AUGUUUAAUGCAUUUGGCAUGUCGACUGAUACAAAUUCAUCCCAAUUGAAUACUGAUCCAUUUGGAAUUUCAACUGAUAUGAAAUUGUCUGCAUCUUCGCAACGAUUCGAUGAUAGUCCAUUUGUAAUCGAGACAACGAAUAGCGAAUCUAACCGAGCACACAAUGGAACUGAUGCCUUCUCACCGUCAACAACGGAAUCCAAUUUGAAUACGAAUCGGAAUGAAAUCACUACGAGUUCACCGGUGUCAUUUGAUCCAUUUGCAAAUCUCCAAGAUAAAUCGAACAAUCUCUCCAUUCACAACAAUAUUACUCAUUCGAAUAGUAUCAAUCUCAUCAAUCCAUUUUCAAUUCCAACUAUUCCAAACGAAGCAUCCGUAGCGCCUGUUCAAGCAUCACCGAUUGAUCUUCUCUUCGAUCUAAAUGUGGAUCCAAGUACAUUGCCAGCGAAUACUUCUGAUAAUUCAUUACAACAUUCGGAUCAGGUCCCAUCGUCGUACGAUCUUCUCGGUCUUAACAAGAAGCCGAGUUCAUCACCAACAUCAGUUAAAGUAAUGAAAAGUGAUAGUCUAACUGACAUCCAAAAAUUGAAUCAAUCGAAAAAUACAUCUGCAACAUCUUCACUAUCCACUAAGGCGAAUAUUCCAACUGCUGCAUCUUAUCACUCAUUACCAAUCAAUGCUCCACCAACGUCACCGAGUGCGUUACGUGUGCAAGCAACAGCAUUAUCAAUUAUGACAGGCACAACGGCAUCAACUACACCCUAUGAUGAUCAAUAUCUCGAUUGGUUAACCCAGUCUGAUGAUUUAAUGUGUGCUGUCGAUCCGAAAUUGAGUGGACCAUCGAAGAAGAUCGAUAUCAACAUGUUAAAGAGUACCGAAGAUCUUCUGGGCAGUAUUUACAAACAACCACCAUCGACAUUGACAACUGUCGAAGAAGUCGCUCACGAAUCUAUUGUCACCCCACCAGCUGAACCUCCUCGGCCAGUUGUACGUCGUCUGUCGAAUGAAGACGUUCCAUCAAUCUGUAUUCAUGAACCAACAAGUGAACAUAACGAUAGCAAUGUUGUUCCGCUUGACUAUUUCGACAAUCAUAAAAUAGAGAAAAAGAACAACGAUUCCGAAGAUUCUGACGAUGAAAAAAUGGUUUUCAAGAUUGGAGAAAAGAAAUCUGAUACAUCUUUCUACGAUAUGAAUAUUCCAGUUCCAUUAUUACCACCACCGCCAUCACCAUCGACGUCUAAAAAAUACAAAGAAGCGAGCGAUGAUGCAAGCUCGUCGUCAUCCGAAACCGACGAUGAACUCGAUCCAUUAGCAGUUCGUCCAAAACGUGAGAAAACAAAAAUCGCUCCAAAGCCAAAUAAUAACGAGAAUAAUUUUACUCCAAGUUGGCAGGAGAAUGAACAUCAACAAGAACCAGUCAGGCAAAAGCCUCCAUCACCGCCAUUGGAUUAUUAUCUACAUGAACCGGAUAUCGAUGAUAGUGCACCGUUGGAUGCGUAUCAUAUUGAAAUUGAACAAUUACAAGCUGAACAACCUAACGGAUGGUUAUUACAGAUUCGAGUGCCUUUACGACAAAAGGAUCUGUAUAAAAGUACAUUUCAACGAUUCAGUGAAACACGAAAUUGGCAAGACUGCUACGUUCGAAUAUCAUUUGACGAGAAAAAAUUACGUUUUUAUUCAACUCAGACACCGGAACAAUCAUUUGCUGAAAUCGAACUACAAACAUGGUAUCAAACGACAAAAUUAAAUCUUCAACAGCACGAUCAAUAUUCAAAGAUUCAUACUUUGAAAAUCUUCGAAGCGAAUUACAAAGAAAUUCCUCAAGUUCGUAUUGACCGUCUUGUCACAUUACCCGAAAAAUUAUUACGAAAAUUCACACGGCCAAACAAAGCUCAACAAGUCUUACUUGAUCAUGCUAAUUGUGUUCAACAAGAAAUCGUCAAGUUCGGCACAUUGAAUUAUCCAUAUUUGAAACAAUUCUCGGUCGUAUUAGAAGAUUUAUUCUGGUCCAUGCCUGUAACACGUAGUCGAUUACAGAAACAUAUGAAAGAAGAAGUUACGAUUAAAAUUCUUGAUGAAUACUAUGCACAUAUUGAUAAAUAUCGUCAUAUAUGCAAACACAAAUCUCGCACACGUUUAUUUAUCUUAGCUUUCCUUAAUGGACCAGAAGCGGUUGUCGAAAUCGGUAUGAACGAUUGGUUUCGACAUGGUAAAGAAAUUAACAAACGAAAUGAAAUUAUUAUCAAUAAAACUUUGCAAGAAUACUGGAUUAAACCAGAACAAGUAGAAUUAGCAACAAUUAUUGAUCACAAAGAAUAUGAAGAUACACAUUUACUCAAGUUAAUCCCACCCGAUAGCCAAAAAAUUGAAAUUAUGCGUUUUCGCACACGACCAAAGCAAAACGUUGAAUUACCAUUACAGGUGUAUUGUUUCAUGUCGCUGAUCGAACGACAAGUUAACAUUCGCAUUGAAGUGAUCGUUUCCAAUGCAUUCAAUAUCACCAUUCUAUCGAAAGCAUCAUCAUUGGCUACCAAUGACAAAACUGCUAACAUUCGUGAUGACAAUAGUGAUGAACAAUGUCCAUGUGAAAACAUUCAGAUACGUUUUCCUAUACCGGAUGCGUGGGUCUACAUGUUUCGCGUCGAAAAACGCUUUCGUUAUGGAGCAAUACACAGUGUUCGUCGUAAAGCAGGCAAAAUUAAGGGUCUUGAUCGUUUUAUGCUCCAUCGUGGCGAUCCUCUUGCUGCAAUGAUGGCUGCUUCUGUUGGUGUUGCUAAAUAUGAACAAGCAUUUCGCUCAAUCGUUUGGCGUAUCGAUCAAUUACCUAAACGAGAUCAAGGUGCUUAUAAAACUCAUAUCUUCGAAUGUAAAUUAACAGUUCCAUCAUACGAUCCAAUACCGGACAAGUUCGAACCAACAGCUGAUGUGGAAUACUCGAUGUCACAAGCAUUCAUCUCACAUUGUCAAAUUCGUUCCGUUGCUGUACCAGGCGCUGAAGAAACACCAGAAAAAUGGAUUCGACCAAAGAGUCAAUUCACCUACACGCUUGAUAUUGAGUACGCAUUUAAAGAAGAAGAGAAGAAAGAAUUCGCACCCGUUGAAGUCGAUAUGAAAGAACAAUCGAUGUCUCAAAGUGAAACAGAAAAUAAUUCACAUUCCGAUGACAGUGAUUAA